CCCAAGGCUUUUGCCAGGCAGCUGCGCAGCACGAAGUGCUGGCGCCACGCGGCCUUCACAUGGCCAUGGCGGACACUUCGCCGCCGCUAUGCGUCCUGCUGCACGCGAACGGCAUGUGCAGAGAGGUGUUCAGGCCCUUCGUGGAGGAGUUGUCUGCGCUGCUGCGCCUGCCCCUCGUUGAGGCGGACGCGCUCCGGCUGCCACACAGGCCGGACGUGCGGACGGCCUGCCUCGGCGGGCGCCUGCACCUCGCGCUUGUGGACCUCCUGGGGCACGGCUGCGCGCCGCCGCUGCCGCUCAACGGGCAGGACACCGACUGGGCGCCCCUGGCCCAGCAGGUGCAGGACGUCGUGGCCGCGUGCGACGCCGCGGCGCCCCAGGGCCUCGGCGACCGCACGGUUGUUGGCCACUCGCUCGGCGGCGGCUCCGCGGUGCUCGCGCAGUGGCGGGCCCGCGGGCCGCUGUUCAGUCGGAUGUUCCUGUACGAGCCCAUGUACCUGUUCGAGGCGCGCGCACUCCGCGCCGCUGGGCUGCCGGGUGAUCUCCAGCCAACCAUGCAGUCGCCCGUUGUCCGCAAGGCGAUGGCUCGCCGGUCGCAGUGGGAUGACCGCGCCGCCGCCGCGGCCGACCUGUCUCGCAAGGCCCUCUUCGCGCAGUGGGACCCGCGGGCCUUCGCGGGCUACCUCGACGGCGGCCUCGUCGCCGACGGCGGCGCGGCCCGCCUGGCCUGCGCGCCGCGCACCGAGGCAUCGAUCUUCGCCUCCAGCACCCCGGCGCCGCUCCUGGAGGCCCUGCGCUCCCGGGGCGGCGCGCUGCGGGGGGCGCCGCUGUGCGUGGCGAUGGGCGCGGGCGGCGAGGACGCGCCGCCGAGCCUGUGGAGGCCCGCGGCCGUCGGCGAGGUCUUCGGCGGCGUGCGCCCGCGCCCGCGCACGCUGCUGGUCGACGGCGCGGGGCACAUGUGGCCCCUGGAGCGGCCCGCGGGCUUCGCCGCGGCCGUGGCCGAGGAGUUCGGCUGGGCGCCGAGGGCGAGCCUGUGAGCGGCCCGCGGCGCGCGGGGCGCCGCGCGCGCGCGCGCGAGGCGCCAGAGCGCCCAGGUCCGCGAUGGGGCAGCUGCGCUCCGAGCAGGUGCCCCUCGGGGAGGAGGGCCCCGGGUGCUGCAGCUCGGGCUGCCCGCCUCGAGGCGCCCGCGCUGGCUCGAAGAGGCCAGGAGGCUGGGUACACAGAGGCGGCCGGGGCGAGAGCUUCAUGCAGAUGCGGCCGCCUCUCUUUCCGACGCUCGGCCCUCGUCCGCAUGCGUUUCCGGCGCUCGGCCAUCGCGUGGCUGGGCACGGUGGCCCUCCGCAAGUGCAUCC